AUGAGUGCUGUUCCUGGCCACAGGUUAAAAUUUCUCUUCUGGCCACAUUCCAGAGACCUGAGCUUCACCAAGACAUCUGUCUUUCUUACAGUUCCAACACUGGUGCUAGCAGGGCUCUGCAGCGCCAUGGCUUGUUUCUACGUCAUCUUUUUCAAUACUGACUACAAGCGGCUCCAUGCUGAGAACAACAGUGGCACUUUGGUCAAUGGAGAAGAUACAGCAGCAGCAACUGUUCCUGAAGCCUAACCAUGUUGAAAAGGACACACCAAGGGCCGAUUAUGGAAAGAUUCAGUCUAGCUAGAACAUUACCAAAGUGAAGGAUGCAUUUUUUCCUGCGGAAACCUAUAAAGAGGAGCUCUCUCACUGCCUGGAGUCUCUUUCCCAUCCACGACUGGAAAGCUCUUCCUCUAGAAGACACCUAGCUGCAUUGUCCUACAGAAGCCUGCCAGUUCCUACAGCUGCAGCCCUGCUGUCACCGUCAAUCACUGAUUUCCAUCUAAAGGAGCAGAAAGGAAGAGGAAUUCAAAAAAAGCGAACUGUGACGUAUCAGAGGAGUUGGAUUUGCUGUCUUUUUCAAAACUAGCUUAUCAGCUGAGCCCCUCCCUGCAACACUGGACCUAAUGCUGUGGACAGAUUAAUACUAAAUUUACCUGUAAUUCCUGAGUCCUACUGUACCAGGAAGCAGAAAGAACUUGGUGUUUGAUGAUUUUAUAUCUCUGCAGGCACUUCUGUUUUUUUAAUA